AUGAAGAUUAUUAGAUUACCCUUUAUCAAAAUUAGUCUCAGAAUAUUUCAUUUGUUCAACUUCAAAUUUAAACUUCUAUUAAAAUUUUGGUCUAUGAACAGAUUCCAAGACUAAUUUUGAUGAAUUCCAUUCACAAGAUGCUAAACUGAACUUAGGAAUAGAAAAACACUAGUGAUAGAAACUAAGAGAGAUAGAAAUGGUAGGACCACAAAGACCUCAGUUUGUGCUCUUUGGAUCGUCAAUUGUUCAAUUAAGUUACAGAAAUGGUGGAUGGGGUGCUGUUCUUGCGGACAUCUACUCGGGCAAGGCAGAUACAUUCUUGCGUGGGUAUAACGGUUGGAACUCAAGACUUGCUCUUGAAGUAGUUAAUCAAGUUUUCCCCAAGGAUGCAGCUGUGCAACCUUCUUUGGUUAUAGUGUACUUUGGGGGCAAUGAUUCUGUUGCGCCUCAUCCAACUCGCUUUGGCCCUCAUGUCCCACUAUUAGAAUACAUUGAAAACAUGCGAAAGAUUGCUAUUCAUCUUAAGAGCCUGUCAGAAGAAACUCGCAUUAUAUACCUUAGUCCUCCGCCGAUGAAUGAUGUAAAAUACCGUGAAUCAAAGAGUGAACAAGUACGAACAAAUGAGAAUUGUCAGAUAUAUUCAGAAGCUUGUAAAAGUCUAUGCAAGGAGAUGGGUUUGAAUUUUGUUGAUUUGUGGACUGCAAUUCAAAAGAUGGAUGAUUGGAAGAACACUAGCUUCACGGAUGGAGUUCAUUUAUCUUCCAAAGGCAGCAAGGUGGUUGUGGAGGAGAUACUGAAGGUGCUAAAGGAAGCCAUCUGGAAGCCGUCACUACACCCGAAAUCCUUGACAGCUGAAUUUGGAGAGUACUCGACAAAUUAUGUCGUAUCUCCUCGAUUGAAACAUUAACUAUAAACCUCUGUAAAUGGACCUUUCUUGUUCCGCAAAUAUAUUCUCUAGUCCCACGAUCAAUGGGCAUCUUAUUC